AUGUGGUGUAUGUCGCUAUCAGAGCGCCGCUUAAAGGAGCUUUGCGGAGGGCGCGCAAAAGGCGGGCCGUUAGUAAGAAGCGCAGCGACCUGGGCGUCCAUCACCUCCAGGGUUCUCGUGACGGACUGCAAAACUCGUACCCAAAAGGUUGGUGACGACAGAAACUCCCAGGAAAUACCCAGUAGCGGUGCCUCGGAUUGUCUAUCGGUGCAUCGUGGCGUCGCCGAGCCGGCCAAGGCCCAAAAAGUCGCAAAGCACACCAAAUUGGGAGACAAGGCGGUGAUGAGAAGAGACACGAUCACCACAAGCUGGGAACUGAGCAGCGCGGUCCGCCUACCCAGGAUCCCACACAGCGGCAGCCAGACGAACGCGCUCAGAGCCAUGGCGGCGAGGACGGCGGAGUUGGCGUUGGACACGGCGGACGCCGGUGCGUUGAGCUCGGCGGCCACCUCUGGUAUGGCGGCGAGGAUGGAGUUGCUGACAAAGUUGAGCGGGAAGGACGCCCAGCAGAGGCUGAAGAGGAUGAGCCAUCGUCGCCGAGCCGGGAUCUGGAAGACCACCUCGACCGUUUCGCCGAGUGUGGAUGAUGGCCCGGCGGACUCGACCAGCCCAGGGUCGGGUUUCCCAACCGGCGUCGUUCCAGCCUCUUGGUCCGCGAUUGGAUGGAAGAAGUUCUCUUCGAUUCACUCUUGCCGAAACAAAGGCAACGCACAUUCACGGCUUGUUGAUCACUCUGGUGGCCAGGGUCAGGUUGCCGAAGUAGCGCUGCAACCGCUGUUAACUGUCGAAGAUGUCACUCCCGCAAGACUGGUCAAGGUCAGCCAGCGAUAUCUGGACGACCUAAUCGCCGAGAAUGAGAGGCUUCGAGCAGCACAGCCCGGGGGCGACCGUCCACCACCAAGCACCCUUGCUGCUCCCCGCCAGGAUGCAAGAGAAGUUGCUUGCGUCGGCGGGCAGCAGGCCAUCUCGCUCGACGACCGCCCCUGGUUCUUCGACCUCAACAUCCCCAACACCCCGAUCCUGCUCGGGGAGGCCUCGGACGCGGCCUUCGCGACGCGGUUCCGCCAGGCCGUGGCCGGGGGCCGGCACAUACCGCGCGUCAACUACGCCACCGACGAGGACCUGCUCGCCCUGUCCGACACCGACUGCGAGUGGCCCAGCCCCUCGCGCGCCCGCUUCCUGGUCGACGUCGCGCUCCGGUACGCCAGCCACCACUACCACAUCGUCCGCCGGAGCAGGAUCCUCGAGGGGCUGGAGCAGACGCUCGCGAACCCGACCCGGUCCAGCGACUCGCUCCUCCGGUGCAAGCUGUGGGCCCUCUUUGCGCUGGGCGAGAUGUACUCGGCCCGCUCUGCCGACACGGCCGAAAACUGCUUCCCUGGCAUUCACUAUUUUGCCCGGGCUACCCGCAUCAUGCGCAUAUGCCUUGUCACGGCGACUAGACCCAUAUUGCUCCAUGUGCUCCGCACACACGUGGCCUCGUGGCCGCCGCGAGAAACGGACGACCGCCCGCCCGAGCCCAGGGACCCGGCACCCCCGAUCCCCGCCGUGGCCAUGACAGUGGCCGACGCCUGCAUCCGCAGCGCCCGCCACUCGGUCCAGCUUCUCAAGGAGGCGUGGAUUGACGGCUCCUUUGCGACAUUCAACUACUUCUACUCCCAGUACAUGUUCUCGGCCGCUACCGUCAUGGCUGUCUCCAGCCUCCUCCCCAGCGGGGCCGACAACGGCUCCGACGGCGAACACUUCGAGGCCGCCGCCUCGAUCCUCAACCAGGUCAAGAACAACGGCAGCUUCGCCGGCCGCGAGUGGUGCCGCCACGUGGACGCUAUCAAGACGGCCUUGGCGGAAGCACGGCUCCGGAAGGCCGGCGCCCCGUCGAGCUCGGUCUCACCCAUGGUCAGCACCAACACUGGAAUCGCUACCGCGGCGAGGGGGCAGCACAGCACCGGCGGGGCCGCACUCGCGACCGACACGACCGAAUGGGAUCACAGGAACCGCACUGCUCGAGUCCUCCCUACAUCAGCUUCUGGCGCAGCCCGCGCUUGA